UCUAAAUUUAAUGCAUCUCCAGUGCUCAAUGAGAAAAAAUUAAGAAAUUACGAAAAUAACAAUAACAACUAAUAAUAUAUACACACAUUUGUGGACGAAGUUUGGUACGAGCAACGAAUAUGGCCCUCUUUCGCAACUUUGGUCAUCAAAUCUUUCAAAAAAUCAAAGCGCCAGCACUCACAGACUGCUUUUGCCGCCCCAUGUCCAGUGCUAGCAAACAUCCUGGUUAUCGUUCACAAUGUGCGGGCGAAGAGCCAAAGUGCAGUGAAAAGAGUUUAAAAGAGAAGAAAGAUCGCGAUGAAUGCCACAAAGAGGAGAGAGUCUCCAUGUGGCUGAAUCCAGAGUGUUGCCUCGAUGUAUGCAAAGACGUUUUGCCGCGUUUCGAUGAUCUCUACUAUAAGCCAUCCGAUAAAGCGAAACGCAAAUAUACGCGCACCUGGAACGAAUGUCCUGAGCUGAGAAUAGCGCCGCGAAAGAUUUGUUGCUUUGAAAAUAUUUCCCUGCCACCAAUGGAAAAACGUAAAAAGUCUUCGCAACCGAAAACAGCUUGUGCCGUGCCGGUGCAUGAGGAGAAAAGCUGCUCGCUAGUAGCCAAUAAGCGUUGCGUAAAGAUCCGCUUGCCCGGCUGUAACACGGUGCGUGAUCCACCAAAGUGUUUCGUCAUCAAACCACCAGCGAAUUGUCGUAAGAUAUGCACGCCAUAUCCAGCAUUUUCGGAAUGUAUGCGACCCAAACCGAAACCCAGACGGCCAGCCGAAUGCAAUUGCCUGAUUGUCGCUCCACUGUGUGCCGUACACUAGAGGCAUGAAAUGAAACAGGCACCGUCUAUGGUGCUUCUGAGAUGAAGAUUCAUGUUUCUUCCAAUUGCAUAUGUAUACGUGUGUGAACCAAUGGCGUUUUCGACUGGUAUAUGCUUAAAUAGCAUUGAGGGUCUCAGCUUUCAGUUUCCUGCUAGAAGCUGGUCAUGAUAUUGAAAGCUGAAACUUUUCAAGAAGCGUAUUGAGUUGGAGAAAAAUUCAAAAUCAUUUCAUAUAAUUUAAGAAAAAACGAGUUAUUCUAUUUCAUGCAAUUCCUAAGCAUUUUCACU